AUGGAAUAUAUAUAUUCCAUACAAUUGUAUGGAAUAUCGAGGCCCAUCAUCAACCUCUUGGAGCAUCUGAUGAAGACAUGGCGCACGCAGCUGGUAGUGAACACCAAACAAGAGAAUUAUAAGACCGCCGUAAUCAGAAUCAGGAGAGGUAUUUUCCAGGGGGAUACUUUGAGUCCCCUUUGGUUCUGUUUAGCACUGAACCCCCUGAGUAGACUACUAAAAAACCAGAUAUACGGGUACAUUUUACAGAAGGCGAGGAAUAUAAAAAUUAACCACCAGUUCUAUGUAGAUGACCUGAAGCUCUAUGCUGCAAACGAAGAGCAGCUCAAGAAACAACUGAGAAUAGUGGCAGCGUUCUCAAAGGACAUUGGAAUGGAGCUCGGAAUAGACAAAUGCGCCGUGGUUCAUGUUAAGAGAGGCCGGGUACAAGAGGGCACAGGCUUAUCUGUGAUGGAAGACCUCACGAUCCCGCAACUGGGAAGACAAGAAUCCUAUAAGUAUCUCGGAGUGCAACAGGCUCUGGACAUUAAAACCACAGAAAUGAAGAAUACUUACAAAGAAAGGUUCCUCAACAGACUCAAGAAGGUACUCCAGAGUAGGUUGAACUCGAAGGCGAUGUUUGAGGCGGUGAACAUAUGGGCGAUACCUUGUAUUGCUUAUUCUUUUGGUGUGAUCAAGUGGUCCAACUCAGAGCUGAAAGAAAUUGACAAAAGAGCAAGGGCAUUACUUACCAAGCAGGGAAUCCACCAUCCCCACGCGUCCAUGAACAGGUUGUAUGUCCCAAGGCAUGAAGGGGGGAGAGGGCUGCAGAACCUAGAAAUAGUGCACGACAGAACAGUCCGCAGUAUGAGAGAGUACUUCCAAAAAAAGAACUCACCGUUCCAUCGAGCUGUAUGUCAAGAAGAUAACAACCUGAGUCCUCUGAAUUUGGCAGGCCACUUAGAACCAGCGGGACUAACCGCCGAAAUGCUUAUACAGGAGUGGCAUAGUAAAGCACUGCACGGAAGAUACCCUGGAUGCCUGAAAAAUAAUCAAGUUAAGAAAAAAGAGUCGCUUACUUACCUUACAGCCGGAUACCUGUUUCCUGAAACAGAGGGAAGAUUAAUAGCUAUACAGGAUCAAGUUGUCCCAACCAGAUCAUAUAUUAAGAACAUCACCGGACGGAACAUACCAACAGACAAGUGCAGAAAAUGUUCCCAAGUUACCGAGUCGAUUCAACACGUUACAUCAUCGUGCUCUGUACUGGCCCCAGUGGACUACAUGCAGCGCCACAACGCGAUGGCAAAAGUAUAUCAUCAGGCCAUUGCCAAAAAAUACGGACUCAUAACUAAGACAGUGAAGCCCUUCGAAUACUGCCCUAACAACAUCCUGGAAAAUGAAGGAUAUAAAUUGUAUUGGGAUAACUUCAUUACAACCGACAGACCCAUACAACACAACAGGCCCGAUAUUCUGCUGUUCAAAAAGAAAGAGCGAACAAUAGAGAUCCUGGACGUCGCUAUACCGGCUGAUGACAAUAUCCAAAAAGCGUUCGUCGAAAAGCUGACGAAAUACCAUGACCUGGCGUUUGAGAUGAAAACCAUGUACGGCCUAAAAUCAACAUCCAUAGUGCCCUUAGUCAUGUCCACGAAUGGACUGGUGGAGACACACCUGGUGGACAAUACCCUGAAUCUAGGAUUGGACGAAGAGCUGGUGAGUACAGCUCAAAAGGAGGUCAUUCUAGCGAAUACUAAAAUAGUGAGGAAGUUCUUAACGUCCGUUUGA